AUGCUGGUCGAAACAACACAAGUGAAAGCGCAAGGAACAUUAGAGUCGUCUACUAGAACGUGGAUCGUGCAAAGUAUGGCCAAUAUAAACGACCCAAUAGGUCUUGCAGAUGCGCCUACGGACUCAACGGUCAGUUUGAGGGAUACCAUAUGGGCCAACAAUCGACUGCCCCCUGAGAUCACCUCAAGCUUCGAAGUCUGCAAUAUCAAGAGAAUGUACAAGCUUAACUUAAGGCUCGCAUUUCUUGUUGGAGAGUCCAAGCUUCAGACAGUCAUCCGAGAACUCGAAUUUCCAGUCUAUGUUAUGGGCCCAACCCCAUGCCUCAAAGCAUACGGUUGA